CCUACAUCGGUCCUGAUGUGAGAGCGGAGAGAACGCCAAAUUGGCCGGGAUGACAUGGAAUCUAAGCUCGCAAGCAUGGCUCGCCAGAUGUGAAAACCGCUGCGUGCGAAAAGCGCUCAGUAAAACGAAUACAAACAGUGGAAUCCGCCCGAGGUGAUGUCGCCAUUUCUUUCUUAUUCGAGAUCUACGACCUUCUUAAAUCGGUGACUAGAAGUUGUUGUGGCGUCAUGCGUUGUUCGUGCGUGCGGCUGAAGGCCGACCCGGCGCUGCUGGUGUCUAAGCGGCUGCCCAACUCGGCCAAGAGGUCCAAACUGCUGCCCACACUGAUCCCACAAAAGGAGUACAAGCAUCCAGAGAUCGUCAAGCGCAUCAUCCGAAUGUCGCUGCGCAAGGAGCGGGACGCUGUCAUCUGGUACAACUUGUGCGGCCAGGCCAUCGAGAACCGCUCUGUCUUGCUGCCCAUUCACAUGGCCGAGAUACUGCGGGCGUGCGCGAGGGUGGGUUAUAGGCAUGGCGAGAUGAUGGCCCUGUUUGCGGAGAGCCUCAAGCAGCGGGCGGACGUCAGGAGCGUCGUCCUGGCCCUCACCGCCCUGCAAAAGCUUCAGGUACACACACAGGUUCGGUUCAAGUGGAUGUAGACGGCUGUGGAUGCUGCUGUCUGGCUGUCUGUGUGUGUGCAGAUGCCAUGUGAGGCUCUCAAGAGUUCCUUCCUGCGUCAGCUUGGCGGCAACUGCGCCAGCCUGAGCUUCAUCGACCUCCGACACGUGCUCAGCGCCUUUGCAUCGCUGCAGGUGAGCGCACCCACACACGCAUGAGAUGGAUGGACCACCCACGAGUGUGUAUGUAUGUCUGUGUGCAGAUCGGUGUGAGCCACACUGAGCUGCUGCAUGAGGUUUGUGACGGGCUGCUGGCGGCCGCAUAUGCGUCAGAGCAGCCCGACAUGACGGGCAUCGACGGCCGUGAGUUCCUGCAGAUACCGUACCAUCUGGGCCGGCUGGGCUUCCCCCACCCCACACUGCUGCGGCUGACGUGCAUGCGCCUCAAGAGCCUCAUGGUCUCGCGGAUUCGGUGCGCUCCCCUCGACGCACUCUGCGCCUAUGACGGCUUCCUGAGGCUGGGUGGGCCAUCAAUUGGGGGAGAAAGGGCGUGCGUCCGAAGAGGAUCACGUGCUUGAUUCAUUGCCUUCGUUAUGUGUCUGUCUGUUCACAGGUGAGGAGUAUGAAGGCAUCGCUGAGAAACUGGAAAUGGUACGCUCAUGGCAAAUCUGUGUGUCUGUGUGUCUGUUUACGCAAAAGUGGUGCUGGGUAGGGACAUCUGUGUGUCUGUGUGUCUGUCUGUGUCUGGGUCAUGUAUGUCUAUGUGCAGUACGGUCGAUUUCUGCUGGCUGAGGUGUCGACGAAGGAUCUGCUCAACAUCGCUGCAUCGUUCACUGCCCUCGACAUAUCCACCAACCCGGUCAGCCAGCCAGCGAAGACACAUUAAUCACACUCACGAGCCAAUUGCUUCCCACCGUACUAUCGUUGCUGUGUUGUUGUGCAGGUGUGGUCGAUAUGGGCGGACGAAGUGGCCGACCGGCUGGAAUCACUCGACGCCCGGCAGCUGGACUCGGUGCACCAAGUCUACAAGCUGCUGGGCAGGCCUACCAACCGCCUCUUGUGGGUCAAGACACAGCCAAGACACACACAGCAGCAGCAGAUCCCUGCGACUUCGUCACCUGAUGACGGAAGUGCACUGAGCCGGCGCAAUGGCAUCAGAUCGGCCGUGGGUGGGGACAGGGGUCAUGAGAGUGAUGAAGACGACACGCUGGUCGUCAUCGAUGACGACCGGCCGAGUGGUGCCAUUGGGGGUGGGGAGGGCGGUCGUGAGGGGAUGACGCAGGCUGCUGUGACGUGAGCGACAGACAGAGUGGGAAAAGAGAGGCUGACACACAAUGUGUACAUGUACUGUAGCCUUGUAAUGCGUAUACAUGUGAUACACACACAUGUGCAUGAGACACACUUACACAAAACGCCCCACACCGAGACACGUACAGACAGACAAAAGCCAGCGCACGCACAGUCCGCACUCUCUCCCUUUGAGGGACGUCCUUGUCCUCCUUCUCUGCGAUGUAUGUGUGUCCGUGAAAUGGAUGGAUGGAUGGAUGGAUGGCAGAAUUUCCCGGGAGGAGGUGGGCAUCAGCCUGCAUCCGGCGGUCAUCAGGGAGCACUCGGCAGGCGUCAGGGGACCAGUUUUUCAUCACCAAACCCGGUUUUCUGUCACAAAACCCGGUUUUCUGUCACAAAACCCAGUUUUCCUAUCGAGUGUCUGGUUUUUCGGGCAGAAAACGGUUUUGCAGCUGGAAACCCAGUUUUGCACUUGUCUUCCUCCUGGUGGUGCAGGGAGAGGUCCGGGUGUGUGGUGGUCGUGGCCAAGAUUAAACAAAUUUACAGACGAACGCAAAAGUCUGCUGCUGGGCUAAUGGCCUGGUCUGUGCUCUCCGCAGCUCUCCUCCUGGGUGCGUCAGCCCGCACCACGAUAAAUGCAUCCAUCAGAUCACCCAUAAAACCCUUUCUCUUGUGCAUGGCGCUUUGCAGGGGUUGCUGCAGGAGUUGUUGUCGGCACCUUCGAGCCGUACGACACGUACCAGUCCACGCUCGAGAAGGCUGGCGGGCGCUUCCUCAACUUCAUCCACGACCCACAACCAUCGGCGGCCGCCACCGAGGGAGAGGAGGGAGUCCCCUCCUUCGCCCAGGAGCAGGAAACGGCCGAAGCCAACAUUACCGGUGUGAAUGUAGCGACACAACCAUAGAUACCAGCAACGCCUCACCUGUAGCGUCUUUCGGGUGUGUUUGUGGUCUACAGGCUGGAGAGACGACGAGCUUGUUUUUGCUGUGGAGAUCUGCCGACACGGUGCGCGGGCGCCCAUGGAGGAAUUCACGGUCAUCCAUUCAUCCCUUGGCUGAAUGAUGCACCGGCCUCCUAUUCUUUCUUAUCGUUCGAUCUUGUUGUGUGCGCGUGUGUGCCGGCCGGCAGGGUGAUAAGGAGAACAAGCUCAACAAUUGGCUGGGUGGCAGAAGCUAUCUCACCCAGGUUGGCGAGGUCCAGGUAAGUGCAUCCAUCCAUCCAUCGGUCUGUCUACAGACAUAUUCAUGACGUGUGGAUGUCCGGUAUAUCUAUGUGUGUAUCUACCCAUCAGCACUGGCUGCUGGGGCCGAUCCUCCGCGACCGCUACGUCAAACAGUACAACUUGCUCUCACCCACAUAUGCACCGGUUUGUAUGAAAGGAUGCACACAAGACGACAUAAUAGAUAGAUCUGCACAGGUGGCUCAUGCAUCACACUGUUUGUUCCCUCUUUCUUUCUCUCUCUCUCCCUCUCAGGGAGAGAUCUACAUCCGCUCGUCGGCCAUCUGGCGCACAGUCAUGUCGGCACAGGCACAGAUGGCAGGCCUCUACCCACCUGGCACAGGUCAGUACCUGGGGGCGCUCGUGUCAUGCACAUGGACGGACGGAUGGAUGGAUGGAUGGAUGGAAACAUACUGGCUCAAUGUGUGUUUGCAGCGCCCUCUUACACGAGUCAGCAGACCGAGAAGCUCCGCGCUACAUAUGCGCAGGCCAUCGUGGGGUUGCCACCUGACAUGGAUUGGGAGUGUGAUGUAGAUGUGAGUAGCUGACUGCGACCCAUUGCUACAUUUCAUUCAGUGCGCAUGUCUUUGUGACACGAGAGGUGUGCUUGUGUGUCUGUGCUUGUGUGUCCGUGUUUGUGUGUGUAUACAUGUAUGUAUACACACAGACAGUGAGUAUGUACGUGUACGUAUAUGAGACAUGCACAGUCCUACUCUACAU